UAGAACCAGGACCUGUAACUUAUUUCAAAGAAAUGCUUGAUGAAAUGUCAAGACAAAACGUUAAAUGGAUGUUGGAUCGAAGAAAUCAAUUUGGUGCACCAAAUGAUCAAGAAACCAACGAUGCAAUUCUAUUUGGUUACCUGGUUGUACGCGAAAGAUCCAAAGCUAUCAUCGCACACUUUCAUGAAUGGCUACCAGGAGUUGCCAUAGCCUUAUUUCUGGAUGAAGAAGAAGCAGGAAAACGUGGAAUAUAUCACCGUUAUUGUAUUGAAUGCGCCGCAUUCCAUUGUGCCAAUGUUUUCAUCACUGUCAGUCAGAUCACUGCUUAUGAAGCCGAACUUUUAUUAAAAUGA